AUGAUGAAAGAGAAUUAUUUAUUCGGUGAGUGUAUUUCACGAAAUAGUGAGUUUAAGGAAGUAGAAAAGGAAUUAAAAGAAUUUAAGAUACAACAGAAUGAAACAUUUGAUUUUUAUUUGAAUAGCAUUGAUGGUUUGUUGGAAAAAGUUCAACAGGUUAAGGAAAAUAUAGAAGAAAAAAUUGUAAAAAAAAAAAAAGAAAAAGAAAUUUGUGUAAAAAAUGAUGACAAAGGUGUUUCAAAUGAAACUAAAAACAAAUACGAUAUCAAUGAACUAAUUAAAGAUGUGUCUGCAAAAAAUUAUACUGAAAAAAUAUGUGAAGAAAAUAAAAGAAUUUAUAACACAUUAUUAUUUUCGUAUAAAGAUAUUAUAUCUUUAACAAAGCAACAAGUUCCUGAAAUUUUUCAAAAUAUUAAUAUAAAAAAAAAUAUAGUUCUUAAAUUAAUAUUAUUACAUUUUUUACAAAAUGGUGAUUUUUUUAUGUAUUAUAUUUUAAAUAAAGAAAUUUUGGAAAAAAGAAAAUUGAGACGGAUGGAAAAAAAAAAUAAAAAACAAAUUGGCACACAGAAUGCGAGUGGAUUUUAUUCAGGACAAAGUAAAGAUCUACAUAUCGAGGCUAACAAAAAUAGCACUCUUUAUAAUUAUGACAAAAUAAAUAUAAAAAAAAAUGACGACAAGUUAGAGAAAAAUGUCGAAUGGGAUGAUAAAAAAAAGGAAUAUUUAGUCAAUGGGAAAUAUUCUAUACUUUUAAAUAAUAUAAAAAAGUGUAAUUUUUAUAAUGAAAAAAAUAAAGACACAUGGUUAUUUUAUGAGUUAAAAAAAGAAUAUAUAAAUAAAAUAUGGUAUGAAAAUAAUUAUGAACAAAUAACAUUUGAACAUGCAUUAAUCAGAAAAGAAGUAUUUGAAGGAUAUAAAAAAUAUCACACUAUUUUAUAUAAUAUAAAAAAUUGUGAUGUAAGUACAUGUAUAGAAUGGUAUAAUACAUGUAAUGAAAAUAUAAAAAAAAAAUAUCAUAAAUUGAUAUACUUUUUAGAUUGUAUGAAUUAUUUAAUAUCAUCUAAAGAGAACAAAGAAAAAGCUUUAACAUGUUUAAGAAAUCUUAUGAUAAAUUAUAAUGAAAAUAAAACACAUAUAUCAAGAUUAAGUUCUUUUAUAUGUAUAGGAUCUGAUAAUUUAUUAUUUAAAGAGAUGUUUUUAAAUAUUCAUUCUCAAGCUUUUAAUUAUUUUAAACAAGCUUAUAAUGAAGAAGGAAUAAAUAUUAAGGUAUAUAAAAAGGAUAAACUUGAAAAAUGUGUAAAUAAUAAUAAUCUAUAUCAUAAUUUUGAUAAGAAAAAGAAAAAAACGAGAAGAAAUAGUGAAAGAAAAGAUAAUUCAAAACGAAAUAGUAAAGGUAGCAAAAUAAAUAAAUCCAAUUUCAAUGAGGAAGAGAAAAGGUAUUUACUUGCCACUCAAGGGGAACCAAAUGUAUUAGUAGUAGUCCCAAUUUUAACAGAUAACAAUAAAAUAAAAAGUUUUGAAAAUAUAAAAAUUAUUACUGAAGGAAAAAAAGAUAAAAAAACGAAAAAAAAAAAAAAUGAAAACAUUUUAAGAAGAAGUAUAAAUAAAAAUAAGGAAAUGGAAAGAAAUAAAAAUAGUUGCUUAAAAAAAAAUAAAUAUACAUAUGUCUAUCAAAAAAUCGGAGAAGAAAGAGAAUAUAAUAAUAGAUUAAGAAGGGGAGGUAAAAAGUCAUACAUAUUUUGUCAAAAAGAAUACCCAUUAUAUAUAAAAAAAAAUAAUAAUACACAACUAGUCCAUGAUUAUAUGUACAAAGAAAAAGAAUAUGAAGGAAUAAUGAGAAAAAAAAAAUAUAUUGAAAAAUUAAAUAAGGAAUAUAAUUCACGGCCUUUAUGUGAGUCAUACAUAGAAAGUAAUAUAGAUAAAUUGUUUGAAAAUGAAAAUAAAUUAUCAUUUUUAGAUGAUUUAUAUAAUUAUAGGUAUGAAAAUAAUCAUAGUACUACAAAUUUGAUAUUUAAAAAAAAAGAUAAGCAAAAUGAAUAUGAGAGAAAUUUUGAAAAAAGACAAGAUAAUAUAGAUAUACGUGAAAAAUUAGAAAAAGGAUGGUAUAGAAAUGUUUGUUCCCAUACAAAGGAUAUGCUAUCUGAAGUUCAUUCGGACUAUAGACAAAGAAGUUGUUUAGAAAAAAUAUAUAGAAAUAAACUCGAUUGGAUUAGUAGUCCUAAUGAUACGCUAAGAAAUGAUAAGGAAAUUUAUUUGUAUAAAAAAAAUGAAAUGGAUUCUUUUGAAUACUAUAAUAGAACCCAUUUAUAUUUAACAUCUAAAAUAUUAAAUAAAACAUCUCAAUUUUAUGAUGAUAAUACUACAAAAAUUUUACAUAAUACAGUUCAGAACAUAAAUAGUGGAUACCAUGCAAAAUGCAUAAAUAUAAGAGAUGAAUGGGAUAAAAAUAGUGACAUAAAUUUAUUAUAUUGUAAAGAUUCUGUAAAUAGGAAUAGUAUAAAUAAUAUGGCUCAUUAUUUUUAUGAUAUAAGACGUAAUAAUAAUACAUAUGAUGUUCUGAACGAAUCAUGUUUUAUUAAAAAGCCAAAUGAACUAAAGAGAAAAAUAUCAAGAUGUAAAUUUUUAACUAAUUUUUCUAAAAAGGAAAAAAUGGUAGAUGGGAUUGAAUCUGAGUUUGAAGAUGAUGAGAAAAAAAUAAAAAAAAUAAAAAAUAAUCAUGAUAGUUUGUUAUCAGAAAGGGAAGAUGUAACUAGUGGUGAUGAUGGAAUCGAUACUUAUGAUAGUAUGAUUGAUUCACAAGUGGGCGAAUCUAAAAUUUUAAAAAAAGAAUCCAAAGAUUGUGAAGAGGAGAAGGAAAAUGAAAAGGAACGCCUCAGUUUGAAAAGUACUGCUUCUUCUAGUUCGAAUGAUUCAGUUAUGUCGUCAUUCAAUGACGAUAAUAGCGAUUCUGAUUCAGAAUCUGCAUCUAAAAAUGCAUAUUUUUGUAGUUCGUCAAGUUCAGAUGAAAAUGAGGACACAGACAUUAAUAAAUUAAAAGAGAAAAAUGAUAUUAUUAGAGAAGAAUAUUUAAAAAAAAAUACGAUGGUAGCAUUAUCGAAUAAAAAUAACACACAAGCAUAUAGUCGAGCAACAUUAGCUACAAAUAAUACAAGGUUAGCAAAAACAUCGAUUGAUGUUAGUCGAAUUUUAUUAACACAUGUAUUAACAAAUAGAGAGAUAUAUAAUUUACACAACUCUUUAUCACGAACAAAUAAUAAUUUAGAACUUAGACGGAUAUACCUAAGAUGGAGUAAAAAAAAAAAGAAAAAUGGAAAUAAACGACCAAAUGCUUCUAAAAAUAAAAAUAAAAAAAAAAAAAAGGAAAAAAGUGAAAGUUAUUAUGAAGAAUCGAAUUCAAAUGAGAAAGAUAAAAAGAAAAAUCGAAAAAAAAACAAAAACACAAAAAAUACGAAAAGAAAUAAACCACAUGGCAUUAAGCCAUGCCAAACAGAAGCGGAGGAAAAUAAAAGUGAUGAAAAAAAGGAAGACAAAAAUGAUAGUGAAAUGGUGAAGGAAGUUAAUAAAUCUGAGGAAGAGGAAAAGAUAGAAAAAAAUGAAAAUAUUUCAGAAAUUAAUAAAAACGAUGAUCAAAUAAAGAGUUAUAUUGCAGUAUCGAAAAGUGAUUUAUUUUCUCCAAAUUUAAAUGACAAACUAGAUACCAAUCCAGAGAAAAAUAAAGAAGAUUCACAAUGUGGUACAGUGGAAAACUCGCUCAAUAAAAAUAUAAAUAGUAUUGAGGAAAAAGAAACAAAAUUGCCUGAUUAUACAAAAACGGAAGAAGUAAUAAAAAGAGAAAAUGAUGAAACUAAUGAAAAUAUGGAUAAUACCCAUAAUACAAGUUGUGAAACUAAAGAUGCAGAUAAAUCAACAGAUUCUAUUUCAAAUCUUGAACAAAAUUCUAAAGAUCUAAAAAAGGGUGAUAAUAAAUUUGAUGUAAACGAGAAAUCCGAAAAAGACGAAAUACCAGAAGAAGCAACAAACUUAGAACCCAUUAAAAAAGAUAUUAUCGAGACAGGUAGGAAUAAUAAUGAAGGAGAAGAAGACAAAAAGAUAAUGGUAAAAGGAGAAGAAAGAGAAAAUAGAAAUAAAAAUUCUGGAAACACUGAUACAGAAAACACGGAAAACCAUGAUCAAAAUGAAUCUAAAGAACAGAAAGAAAAAACAUUAAAAAAAAAAAAAAGAGUUUUUUUUGGAUCAUAUAAAAAAAAUAUGAAAAAAAAAAAUUAUGCUUCAAAUUUUUUACGUGAAGAAAAAAUGGGGAAAAAAAAUAAAAGAAACAAAAAUAAAGAAAAUGAUAAAAAUCGAAAUAAAAAAAAUAAAGAGUCUUUUAAAUUGGAAGGUCGAAAUAAAUCCAGAAAAAAUCAUACAUACAGUAGCAUGGAUGAGAACGAGCGAAAAAAAGAUAAAAAUAAAGUUUCUGGAAAAAAAAUACCAACACGUAAAGGAACAAACCCAGAAAGUAAAAAGAUUGAAAAAACUAUUGUCAAGGAAACAGAGAAAAAGGUGUUUAUCCCCUUAAAGAGCCCGCUUUCCAUAUUAUUAUGCGGAGGAUUGAUAAGUUCAAAAAAGUUGAUAGAAGCUGAAACAAUUUUAAAGGAUAACAACAAAAGAUUAGAGGAAUUAAAAAAUAGCAGUUCAUUGAAUCCUUCAAAUGGGAAGAGUGUAGACAAACCUAUUGAAAAAUUGGGGAAAGAAGAUAACAAAAAAAAUAAAAAACAGAAUUGUUCUCUUAUUUCUAAUUCAUUAGCGGUUGAAGUUGAUUUAAGUGGAUGUUUUUUCUUUCAUUCAUCUUUUACAUGUCCUAUUAGUAGAGACAAAUCUUCAAAGGACAACAUGCCAUACUUACUAACAUGUGGUCAUGCUAUUUGCAAAAAUUGCGUUGAUAAAAUUCAUGCGCAUAGAUCAAAACAGUUUAAGUGCCCUAUGUGCCCACAGUAUUUGAAUUUGCUAGAGAUCAUUCCAUUAUACUUUAAUUAA